UUUUCCUCAAGUACCUGAAGGCAACAUAAUUUCUGUUACAAACAGACUUCCGUCGAUGGACAAGUUUGUCGUUCGGCUUUCCAAGGGAGAAACACCCAAACAACAGAAGAGCGACGAGAGAGUUUACAAACAAGCUACAAUUGAGUCUUUACGGAGGGUAGUUGUGAUUGAGGACAUCCUACGUUACAAGUCGACGCUAGAACUGCCGGAUCAGAGCAAGGAGAACUUGAUGAACGCCCUGACUGAGCUGAGCAAGAAGAUCCCAUCCAAAGAAGUGCUCAGGUCCACUAAAAUAGGUCACACUGUCAACAAAGUACGGAAGCAUCCAGAUCCUGAGGUGAGUUCUCUGGCUGCAAAAGUUUACACUGACUGGAGGACUUUCAUUGAGGAGAAUUCAAAUAAGCCGUCUAUUGAAGUGCGCUCCGAUAAACAGUCUGAAGGGCUCAGGAGCAAUGCUAGGAGAAUGCUGUCUGAAGCACUGGAGGUCAAGGAGGACUCUGGUCUGAUAGACAACAUAGAGAGAGAAGUUUUUCACCAGAGCUCCCGGUUAGUCAGCAGCUCAUACAGACGGACUAUCAGGGCGCUGGUGUUCGCCUUCAAACACAACCCUGACGUCAGGAGUGAAGUAAAGGACGGCAAAAUAUCAGUCAGCCAGCUGGUUUCUAAAUACAAAAAAUAAGUGAACGCAAGUUGGACUGUGACUCGAACCUAUUAUGAAAGAGAUUUUAAUACCUGUGAAUUGUUUAAAAUUUAUUUUUAGUCUUUAAUCGUGUUCUUUUUUUGGCUGAGAAAAUACAAAAUAUUUUUGUAUUUUGAGGUGCAUCAGUAAAUGUACGCUGUUUUAUGAGUGAAUGCUCUAAUUUUUUAAAUAUUUAAAGCAUACCUCCACUUACACAAUACUGUACCAUAUGUCAUUAAUUUUGUUUUUAAACUGAAUGAAGAAAAUGUCAAUUAAAUACAAAAUUCAAUGAUGAAAUUUGGAUUGUAGGUUUGGACACACCUUCUAAUUGAGUUCAAUUAGAAGGUGUGUCCAAACUUUUGGUCUGUACUGUACAUAUUUCAUAAUUUUUAAUAUUUUGUUUUUUUAUAGUGUUGCCUUACAGGUUUUUGCAGUAAAGGUUUAUUCACCAAUUAUUUAGCACAGCGGUGCCCAAAUGUAGUCCUUGAUGGCUAUCCUGCAACUUUUAGUUACAUCCCUUCUCAAACACACCUAAAUUUAAUGAACGGCUCAUUAAGGGGCAUAUGCAGAGCAGAAUGACCGAAUAUGAGGUAUUUCAGUCAUUUAAGUCAGGUAUGAGAAAGAAUGCAUCUUAAAGUUGCAGGAUAGUAGCUCUUGACUUGGUCACUACUGUUGUAGCACAUAAAUAGCUCUGCAAUACUACUUCUGGAAGAUAAAUUGUAUCUAACACUUGUGAUCCUUUAUAUGAGUUCAAUAAGUUUCCCAAGGACACUUUAUCAUGACAAAUGGGGAAAAACGGAUCAAACUUCUUUGUGGAUUCACCUCUUACCAGUUUAACUUUGUCUGAAAAUUAAAAAUCUUGAAAAUACAAAAACAAACAAACACUGUGUCUCAAAUACACACACACACACACACACACACACACACACACACACACACACACACACACACACACACAAACACCUGCUAAAAUAAGGUGUAAAAACAGGACUGUAAUAAAUAAUUACAGAAUAUAUCAUUUUCUAACAUGAUAUAUUCUGUACCAUUCAGUUGGAAAAACAAAUUUAUCAGAGGGGAAACACACACACACACACUAAAAAGUCUGGUUGCAUAAAUGCCCUUUAGCCAGUAUUUUUUGCUAAGCCACCUUUUGAUUUAGUUUCAGCAUUUAAUCUUGAGUUCAGCUGGUUUGCAAGACCUUAGUAUGAAAGUUUAUAAUCUCCUCAAACCUUGUGGAAGAAUGUGUCAAGCUAAACGAAGUGUGAACCUGAACUUUUCAAAAGGCCUGACUGGUCAAGAUCUCUGUAAUUCACUGUACCAGAAUAAUUAAAAAGUAGUUAGUAAAAUGUCUUCUCAGAUUUUUUUUGGUUAUUAUUACAAUGUCUUACACAUGUCACUUGAAGAAAAUGCAAAAUAGACGAUGUUUUAUAUUAUAUUUAAUAGCAAAACAUUUUCAUAAAACGUUACAAAAACAAAAAUAAACUAAAAACAUCAUGUUUUCAUCCCCCAAGGAACUCUUACAAAACAAUCUUAUGUUUUUCAAUGUCUAAGUCAGAAAGUAGCUAGAAAAAAUGUUUUAAGAGUUAUCACGCUGCUAAAAAAAUGAUACACAGUACAACAACCACAUUUUAUAAAUUAACUAAUUAGCUUCUAGAAAGCCACAUUACAUAUUUAGUUGCCAAAGCACUAAAGUAGCAUCCCCAGUACAACUUGAAUCACAUUCAUAGAUGCAAGAUGUAUAGAACACCUUACAUAGCUGGCAGUUCCUUUAUGUAAAUUUUAAAAAUUUAUGUACAAAACAAUCAAAAGUACAAAAUGUUUGUAAAUUAAUCUGCACUGAGUUUGAAGUUAAAUUUUUUGUUAGUAGAACUUGGUUUAUUAUGACACAUUCAGAAAAGUUUACUGGUGCACAUUACCUGCAAUUCAUUGCACACUUCUGUGUGCAAAGCAUUGCAGGUAACCUUCUGUAUUUAGAGAGCAGUGUCAAUGCUAUGUGAAAACAUAAAAUUAUGCUUUCUUUUCAAUUUUGUAUGUUUUUUUUUUUCUAUAAAAAUUAAUUGAGACUAA